CAUCGUUUAACAUGUGAAGUGGAUCAGUCAAAUCGAUGCUUCGGUGCGCUAUUCCAAAUGGAGUAGUACCGAGGCCGCUUGUAAGGCAUAUCACUUUGUCUGGAAGAUUGGCGAGUCGGAGGGUCUGCUGGUAUAGUAUUGACAUGGAGUACUGAACACGGAGCAUCUUUUUCCUUCAUAUACCAUUCCAUCCCGUCUGUAACCCUUUGUCCUACUCGGUAUUCUCCUCCAAGCAAAUCAUAGAAUCCUACACAUCCUCCAUCUCUUUGAUACCAGACACAAUGGCCAACCAAGCCGGCACCAACUUCAAAGCCCAAGAGCGGCUCUCCCAAGUCAGCAACCACGUCAGUGGCAGCGGCAAAUCCGCCCUCCUCGAAAAACGCCCCGACGACAUCGUCGUCACCUCCGCCGUCCGCACCGCCAUCACCCGCGGCGGCAAGGGCGGCUUCAAAGACACUGCCGGCGCUGAUCUGCUCGUCGGCGCCUUCAAGGGCCUGCUCGAGCGCUCCAGGAUCGAUCCGGCCCUCGUCGAGGACAUUGCGGUGGGGAAUGUCCUAGCCCCCGGUGGUGGUGCCACCGAGUUCCGCGCCGCCGCGUUGGCCGCGGGGUUCCCGGUCAGCUCAGCUGUGAAGAGCCUGAAUCGGCAAUGUAGCUCUGGGUUGAUGGCGGUGGCAGAUAUCGCGAACGCAAUCCGAGGCGGGAUGAUCGAGGUUGGCGUGGGUGCCGGUGUGGAGAGCAUGAGCCAGAACUACGGCCCCGGCGCCGUCUCCGAAUUUUCCGACCUCCUCAACUCCUACCCCGAAGCUAAGAACUGCAAAGUCCCCAUGGGCCUCCUUUCCGAGAAGAUGGCCAAAGACCGUAACAUCCCCCGCAAAGACCAAGACGCCUUCGCCGCCUCCUCCUUCCAGAAGGCCGAAGCCGCCACCAAAUCCGGCCUCUUCAAAGACGAGAUCGUCCCCCUGACCGUCAAGUGGGAGGACCCCAAGACUGAGGAGGUCAAGGACCUCCUCGUCGCCCAAGAUGACGGCAUCCGCCCAGGCAUGACCGCCGAAGGGCUCGCCAAGAUCCGCCCGGCCUUCGCGAAGGACGGCAGCAUCCACGCUGGCAACGCCUCGCAGGUGUCGGACGGCGCGGCGGCGGUGCUUCUGAUGAAGCGGUCGACCGCCGAGCGCCUCGGGCAGACGAUCAUGGGCAAGUACGUGUGCUCGUCGGUGGUCGGCGUGGAGCCGCUGCUGAUGGGAGUGGGGCCGUGGAAGGCGAUCCCCGUGGCGCUGGGGAAGGCGGGGAUCUCAAAGGACGAGGUGGAUGUGUACGAGAUCAACGAGGCGUUCGCGAGCCAGUGUCUGUGGUGCACGAACGAGUUGGGGCUGGAUGUGACGAAGGUGAAUCCGCAGGGGGGCGCAAUUGCGUUUGGACAUCCGCUGGGGUGCACGGGGGCGAGGCAGGUGAGUACGCUGUUGUAUGGGUUGAAGAGGAGGGGGGAGCGAAUUGGGGUGACGAGCAUGUGUGUUGGGACGGGGAUGGGGAUGGCGGCGGUCUGGGUUGCGGAGUACUAG